CGGCACCACCACCAUCGAUGAUGAGCACGCCGCAAACACACGACCAGCAGCACGACCAGCAGCACCAGCAAAGCAGUAGUGGUAGGCGGUGCGAGUUUAGGGAUGAUGUUGCAGAGUACUUGGAGGAGGUGUGGGAUCGAUCGGCAUCGGGACAAAGAUUUGCGGACCUGUGUGAGCGGCUGGCCAUCCCACCUGCGCACACGUGCUUGCGCAUUAACACGCUCGUGAACACGCGCGAAGAGGCCAUCCAGACACUGGCACGGGAGCUUGAGGGGACAGACUACAAGUUUGAGCAGCACCCCAAGCUCGAUGAUGUGCUGAUUCUACCGGCAAUUGGCCCGCGACGCGUUGUUCCGGACAAGGAAGGCCUGUUUGUUGUCGUGGACGCCGCGUGCGGUGCAGCUGUGCUUCGUGGCUCCGAUGUGUUUGUGCCGGGGAUCAGGGCGUGCUCGAGCGGCGUGCACUCAGGCGCGCGCGUUGCCGUGUAUGCGGACGUGCACAAGGCGUGCAGCACCGGCCAAACCAAGCUGCCGCCGGCGGAGGAGAGGGCUGCAAAGAAGAUUGUGUUUGUCGGCAACGGCAUCGCCCACUUUGACCGCGCAGACGUGUUCAGGUCUUCCGACGCGGUCACCAGCGGCCUCGGCGUGGAGAUGGGCGAUAUCGAGUUUCAGACACCGUGCCUUGGCCACUUGGACCGGUCGCUUGUGCUCCAGAACCUGCCAUCCUGCGUGGCAUCGCACGUGCUUGCACCGCAGCCAGGCGAGCAUGUGGUGGACAUGUGCGCAGCGCCUGGCGGCAAGACGGCCCACAUUGCCGCGCUCAUGAACAACACAGGGCGCAUCACCGCAUACGAGCGAAGCACGAAAAGGUGUGCAGCGCUUGUGCAAUGGCUGGAGACAGUGGGCGUGACUUGCUGCUCAGUGUUCAAAAUGGACGCCCGCAAGUGUUGCCUGCAGGCAUUACCCCAAUCGUCGCCAUCACCAUCAUCAUCCUCAUUAUCAUCGUCGUCAUCUCAGGCAGUGGAGAAGAAGAAGGUGCAAGCUGGGAGUGUGGAUCGCGUAUUACUGGAUGCCCCGUGCACCGGCCUUGGCCAACGCCCGAAGUUUGAGCACGCCACGCCACUGACAGAUGUGAUUGAGGCCCCGUCGUUCCAGAAGAAGCUCUUCCGAACAGCGGUUGCUCUUCUCAAACCGGGGGGUACCCUCGUCUACUCAACGUGCUCCUUCAACCCAGAGGAGAACGAGGGCGUGGUGGCCUGGGCUCUGGCAGAGUUUCCGCAUGACAUUGAGAUUGCGCAGCAGGUGCCGUACAUCGGAGAGGCCGGGGUGCAAUAUGAGGGCCUGUCUGAGGAAGCGAGGCAGCGCGUGCAGCGGUUCACACCAUCAAGCACGUGUGACACCAUAGGCUUCUUCAUCGCAAAGUUCAUCAAGAAGCCACCAAACCCACCCUGAAUCGUGUCGGCGUGUAUGUGUCUGUCUGUGUGCUUGUUCGUGCGUCUGCGUGUGGACGUCUGUGUGUGCAUCAUCUGCAUGUGCAUCUGCAUUUACGUGUGCGUGAGUGAACUUGUACCCUCACCUUUGUGUUGUCCGGCACCGUCGUAUCAACAACCAUCAUACCAACAAGCACCAUGGCUCCACACAACAGCCCCCCCCCCCGCCGAAAAUGCUGUCUUGUUGCAUGUGGCCGUGUC